AUGGGACUUAUCUCCAACAAGAUUUCCAGAGAUGAACUGACGCCUGGAGAUCACAUCUACUCAUGGCGUAAUGCACUGCAUAGCUACGCACACCACGGAAUAUAUGUAGGCGAUGAAGGCGAUGGAGAAGUCAUACAUUUCACUCGUCCACGAACCAAAUCUGAGAUUCUUUUGGGCUGUUCAGGACCGAGUAAACAGUGUCUAACUUGCAUUUCCUGCAGAGAGCGUUCCAGAGAUCGUUCCACUUUCAGCGGUGUCAUUAGCUCUUGCCUUGAUUGCUUUCUCGACGGAGGAGAGCUCUACCGCUAUGAAUACAAUGUCAGUCGUGUUGCCUUUGUUGCAAAAACCAUAGGCGGUACUUGCACAUUAGCACCUUCAGAUCCUCCUGAGGAUGUUCUCUUCCGUGCAAAACACCUCUUAUCAUCGGAAAAAGGGUUUGGUGAUUAUAAGCUGUUCAAGAACAACUGCGAGAGUUUUGCUCUCUAUUGUAAAACGGGUUUGGUGGUCUCAGAAAAAUUUGGCAAAGCCAAUUCGGUUAGUGCUGCUUCGUGUGCUGUUUGGUGUGCUGGAUUAGUGAUUUCUCUUGCUGGCUUGCCAAUGGUCGACUAUGCUAUCGAUUACAGCUAUGGUCGACUUGAGUCUGACAUAGCUAGAAAAGGGCGAGAAGAUGUUAAGAAAGUUCCCGUGGAGGAUCUCGUUGCUAUUUGUCAAUGCAACGAACAGAAUUGA